AUGCCGGCUCUGAGGUCUCACGACAACGGCUCUCUGAAGCACUUGUCCGCAGGUAGUGUUCUACAAGCCGAGCGAAAAUCUGAAAUUAGGCCAAAGGGUAUCUCACAGCCACACCACUCAAUUACAGCCGCAAAUGAUGUAUCUUCCGGCGACUCCGAAGUAAAUUCGACGACAUACUAUACUACUCCGAAUGGCGGCGAGUAUCCCAAUAUCGCGAGUGGCUCAUCGUCCCCGGCUGCGAACAUUACGCCACCUGAGAUUCUGCUCCAAAUAUUUUCCAUGUUAGCACCUCGGGAUUUCGACAAUGCUCGCCGUACAUGCUCGCAAUGGAUGCGCGUGGGUAUGCACCGAAACUUGUUGGAGACUAUGCUCAAGCGAGCUGGGUGGUGGGAUGCAUAUCAGCAGGAUAUUGAGAAUCAACGAACCCGACCCCCGGCAUCGAUUGAAGAAAGUGACGUCUGGAAGAUGAGCAGACGAUUUGCAACCGAAUGUCUACUAGCUGGACGAAAAUCAAAUAUUGAAGAGUCUAGCUUUGUGGCCACACAGGUCAUUGAUUUCUCUGCGUUGGCACAGGGCUUCCCUCCUGCCAAAAGCCGUCGCCUCAUCCCCAACGCUCGAGAAAAAAGGACACGGGAAACAUCAUCUACUUUCAGUGUCAGUACCUGCAGCAACUAUGUUCUCGUGACGACCGGCUGCAGAAUACACGUCUUUCAACUUCUUGGGAGAAAGCCUAGCUUAUCCCGGUCUAUAGAUCUGGAGGACACCAACCUCGUCCCAAUCACCACUAUCGAAUGCGAGCUCGAGGUUCUCUCCGCAGUUCUAGAUACUAGUGCGCCCGAAUUCAUCAUCGCGGCAUUAUUGGAAAAUCGUGUGGGAAUGGUGUGUGACCUGGAUUUAUCAUCCACUGGCUCUGUAUUCACUGCUGGCACAGUGAAGCAGGAUACCCGCCAGAUAUCGAAGAACAAUCACAGUUCGCAACAUUACUACUACAAUGUCUGCUCGGAGGACCACCCUCCCCGAACGAUCGCACUGUAUCCCGGUCGCCGCUGCGUCGCAUUCGGUUGUGCAGGUGGCAUCGAGAUUCACUGGGUGGACGAGGCAACACAUCGAGACCAAAGACGACAUUUCCCGAUGUCCCAGCCCUCCGAAGCCCUUCACUUCCUCCCGAGCACGUCUGGAACCCCGUCAGAAAUGCGUCUCAUAUCCUCUCUGGCUGGACCCGGAGUCCACGAGUGCGCAUGCCGACAAUCACCAAACCCAGACCAUCCCAAGAAAUGCCAGUUCCAUAUGCUGUCAGGUCCCCAAUCCUUCGGUCGCAGAGCUCCGACCGAUACUUCUGCUAUGAGCCUUGUUAGGGCUACACACUGCCACCACUAUCGCGCGGUCCCUAUCAACGAUGGCUACCAUAUCAUCUUCGUCGAGCCUCGCACCGGGCUCCUUUGCAUUGGAUCCGACGCUCCAAUUGGCGGGCCAACAAGUAUCACGCGAGCCUUUAUCUGUGUCCCGCCUUUCGCUCGAGGAACCCCUCCUGAUUCGAAUGACGCUCGCAGCCCGACGGUUUUCACAGUAGGCUCCGAUUUGAAUUGGGGCCUGCGCGUUGUAGCUGCUUACCAAGACCGCAUUGUUCUAUACUCGGUGCCCCUAGAUGUAUUCAAUGUGAUUCGCAAAGAGCGCGAGCGUCAAGGUGACGGUGUCAUGGGUGAUAGUGACCUAGCGCACAACUGGUUUGUCGAUCCGGAGCGCUGUCGCAAACGCCGCGAGAGCCUUGUACAAAAUCAGAAUGGAGACUGGGAAUUCCUCCUGAGUGUUAGGUACCGUCCCACGGCAAUGAUGUGGCCUUUCAAGAUAUAUGGGAAGGAAAUUGGAAGAGUCGAAAAUAUUGUCGAGCUAGCACUACAGUCUAGCAAUGGAGGCGCGCGCGUGUGGGCUUUUAGUGCGAAUGGACAGUCCACCCUCUUCGACAUUGAUACAUUUACGCCUUCGCCUCGUAACACACAGAAGACCCCUCGGUGCAAUUCCAUCACCAUCGCAUCAGACGGGAGUCUUCAGUUCGCUACGUCGGGCAACAAGCCCGAACCCGCCCUCCCUCUCCGGUCAUCUCGCAAACGCAAAUCCACACAAUCAAACGAUGACUUCGUUGGCCGAUACGGUAUGAGCCGCUUCGUGCCAAGUGUGUCUCCGGAAAGUGAACCUACCGACGCCGUUCGUACGGGAAAGCAAAAUGGGAGUUCACCUGUUCGUCGUCCAUCAUUUGCUGCCUGCAUUGUGGAUUUCAAGAUUCCGGAGCUUGGAACGAGAACUGGUCGAUGGAGAGAUGGUCUUGACUCAUCUUGA